CAUUGGCGAAGGUACACGAAGUUUGCCUGGGGUCACCAAUAGAGCGUCAGUACCGCCUCGCGCCCCGAAGGGAGAACUUACGUCUCUUAUUCGAGUUGAACACGUAAUUUUGAAUUAAAUAAACGCUUCUUUCACUACUCACCCGUUCCUUUAGACUUAGAUGAAAGAGUUUAAAACCACAAUAAACCAGUAUAUAAGUGAUAGUAUCGUUUUAAGAUUUGAUCAGGUAAAUUUUCGAUUUUAAAAUCGAGUAGAGUAAAUUGUUAACAAUGUUUUGUAACGUAAUAUUAUUUGUGAUACAAAUUACCUUGCUGAAGAAAAAUAUAAAAUUAUAAUUAAAUUUUCUUUAAUGUAAAAUUGGAAUCUAAGCUCGUCUACUAUGGGAAGGCAGAAGUUGGUUUUGCUCACUUUCUUCUUGAUAUUAGGCACGACUAGAAGUCUUGUGCUGACGUCAGUUCGGAUAGAGCGUCACACACUUCUUGGCAACUCCUCCAUACUAGAGUGUCACUAUGACCUUCAGGGAGAGCCUCUAUACUCUGUCAAGUGGUACAAGGAUGGCAACGAGUUCUUCAGGUUCCUGCCUAAGGAUAUCCCACCCAAGCAGGUCUUCCCACUAAGUGGCGUUGAGGUCGAUGUGGAUCGUUCGAAUGCUACUCAAGUAUGCCUGAUCAAGUUGACAUUGGCGAGUACAGGCAGAUAUAGAUGUGAGGUGUCGGCGGAAGCUCCUUCCUUCCAAACCGUCUCAGACCACGGCGACAUGCAGACAGUUGCAAUACCCAAAGAAGGACCACGUAUCAUUGGGGGAAGACCUAGAUACCAACUCGGAGACACGGUUAGGGUAAACUGUACUUCAGGACCUUCCCGACCAGCCACCCAGCUCACUUGGUUCAUCAACGGAGAACAGGCUAACCAAUCGUACGUGGUUGGGCCAAUCCGCAAGCCUCACAAAGGGUUUGAAAUGGUGACUCUGGGACUAGUGUUCCGUGCAGAACCUCGCCACUUCAAGCGAGGAGAUCUCAAACUGAAAUGUCUGGCCACCAUCGCCACUGUCUACUGGAGAACGAACGAAGAGAGUGUGGAGAGUGACAAGCAUCACAAAUCUCCAGCCUUGGAGAUGAAGGAUACGGACAAGUCUAUAGCAGACAGAGUACGAGCUGCGACUAGUUGCUGUUCGUCUUCAGGCAGUGUGGUCUGUUUAGUAGUUGUUGUACUCGCUGUGACCUCAGCAAGAUAACCUGACUCAUCCAGCUCCACUUUGGACUAUCUAAUCUUCCAUCUUCCACUAGUUUAAAUGUCUGAGUUCGUCGAGAUACGCUAUCUUUUUCGGACUAAAAUGUAGUUAAGUAUAAAGUUGUACUGGCUAACCCUGACAAAUAAAAAAACCUUGAAAAAUGGUUCUCUUAACAGUUUGAAAUUAUACAUUUACGUAAAAUAAUGUUCGAGUAACUAGAGUAAUGAGUUAAAUACCAUCUCAAAACGUUUGGUAUCGAAAUUUUAACACACUUUGCCUACUCAAUUAUUUUCCAUUUGUGCAUAUAGUAAUAAAGAAUUGCAGUUGUAUUCUUCUAUUCCUAUCUAGUCAAUGGUUUCCCUUAAGUAAUGGUUCUUUUAAAACAAUAAUUUUGAUGGUAAAAUUAGAUAAACAAUAAUCAAAGACAUUAUUAACAUGAAAAUUUGAUGUUUACUUAGAAAAUAAUGUUGCUACAAGUACAGUGUUAUUGUAAGUAUCUGUGUGAACUAUAUCUGUGGAAAUGUCGUCAGACAGCCCACUUGACUUUGUUAUGAAAAAUCUGGUAUUAAUUGUAAACAUCGAUAUAUAACUACUACUGGAUUGCUGGCUGAGCUCGCUAGCCCGAGCCGAAUUCAGUGGUUGCGUUCUGCACUUGAAGGCGUCGGGUAGGGGCAAGAAACCCGCACGGUGCUUGGGUUUUACAUCGCACUGACGCUGUGAUAUCAUUUGUUUACCCUAUUUCAACUAUUGAUUCACGAAAAAUUUUCAUCGGGGGAUAUUUUGACUCGCUUAUUUAGUUAUAUUAAAAACCGAAAGUAUAUAAGGUAGUAAUCAAUUAAUUGCUAUACAGUACAACGUGUAUUUACAUUGUUAUAAAGUUGGGCGAUAACAUAGUAAUUGUAUUUAAAAAAUUGCUUGGAUGGUUUGGGUUAUGGGUUUUAUAAAAAGGCUGAUAAAUUAAACAAUAAAAAUACAGUAUAUUUGUAUAAAACCCAUUUAUUUGAAUACAGUACCACACAGAGUAGCCUACAUUUCACGCAUGAUUAAAAAGUACUAAUUAUGUUAGCUUUUGACGAAUACCAACUUUUGACAGUGCAAUGGUUUGCUCUUUAGCAUGACUGUAGCAAAUUAUUUAAAAAACUAAUUUCCGAUUAACUUUAUCAGCUUAAUUUCGUGCGUGUCCUCUCCAAAGUCAACGUUAGACAUAUGGGUGUA